CAUACUAGUAGCACAUAACUUAGCUUCUCUCUUUCUCUCUGCUCUCAAACCAAAACUUCUUUCUCUUCUGUAAAAAUACUUCUUCUUCUUCCCAUUCUUUUUUCUCUCCAACCGUUUCGCAUUACUCUCUUAAUAAUUCCCACCCACAUAAUCUUCUUAUAUAACCCAUCUUUAUUUACUAAUUAUCAUCUUCUCUGAUAUUCUUUCUUUUUUGAUCCCAGAUUCUUCUUCUCCUCUUCUCUGUUUACGUACAGGCUAUACAUAUAUGAUAUAUCUGUCUAUUCGUUCAUUGUUUACAUUUUUGAAAUCUCGGGGAUGUCUUGCUUUCAACGAACAACAACCCAUUCUUAAUUGAUUGAUUGAAGGGAUAAUACAAGUUUGAUACAGCCAGCUGAUUGCGAGGUUUUGCUGCAUGGUGCUUUAGAUAUGCACGAGCGUUGUUCGAUGAGAAUUCAGGGUUUGUAAUAAAGUAUCAAACUUCUAGUCAUUGAGUAUUAAGAUUGGUAGGUGAUAUGCCGAGGGAAAAAAAGAUUGGUUGGUGAUAUACUCGUUUUGUGUUAAUUUUCGGAAGUCGUAAAAUGUUUUCUCAGAUCUUCAAUCUUACUUCUUUGAAGCGACUGAUCAAACAACUACUGUCAGGGAACCGAGCAUUGGAAUAUAUUUGAUUCCAACUUGAGUGACUGCUUGAUGAGACCAGAUUACCGGCAGUUAUGUUUUCAAGAUCUUGCGCUAACUUUAUAGACUUGGUUGCUGAAAACCUAGACGAUAUACCUCCGACUCCUAAAACCCUUCCCAGAGUGAUGACAGCUCCAGGAAUUAUAAAUGAAUUGGAUGGCGAUGGCAGCGCUGAUGGGGAUUCAGAUGUUCAUCUGAAUGGGAAUCGGCCUCGAAAAAUUAUAGUGGCAAAUGCUCUACCGCUGCAUGCCCAAGUAGAUGCCAAAAAUGGUGGAUGGUGCUUCAGUGUAGACCAGGAUUCACUUCUGGUACAAAUGAAAGAUGGGUUUUCACCAGACACAGAGGUUAUUUAUGUUGGCUCCCUGAAGGUUGAGAUACCCACGAAUGAACAAGAUGAAGUUGCUCAAAAGCUGAUGAAGGAUUUUAAUUGUAUGCCAACAUUUUUACCUCUUGACCUUCAGAAGAAAUUUUAUCAUGGGUUCUGUAAGCAGCAGUUAUGGCCUCUUUUCCAUUAUUCUUUACCUCUUUCUCCAGAUCAUGGCGAUCGUUUUGAGCGGUCGCUUUGGAAUGCAUAUGUCAAAGCAAAUAACAUAUUUGCUGAUAAGGUCAUGGAAGUUAUAAAUUCGGACGAUGACUAUGUCUGGAUUCAUGAUUAUCACCUAAUGAUUCUUCCCACUUUCUUGAGGAGACGGUUAUACCGUGCCAAGCUUGGGUUCUUCCUUCACAGCCCAUUCCCCUCGUCAGAAAUCUAUAGAAGCCUGCCAGUUAGAGAUGAAAUUCUAAGGUCUUUACUUAAUUCCGAUCUAAUUGGUUUUCAUACGUUUGACUAUGCGCGGCACUUCCUUGCUUGCUGCAGUAGGAUGCUUGGGAUCGAUUAUGAAUGUAAGCGAGGGUAUAUUGGACUUGAGUACUUUGGUCGCACAGUAAACAUCAAAAUUUUGCCUGUAGGUGUCCAUAUGGGUCGCCUUCAAUCUGUAUUGAAUCUACCUUCUGCAUCCACGAAAGUCAGACAGAUUCAAGAACAGUUCAAGGGGAAAAAAUUGAUUGUGGGAGUCGAUGACAUGGACAUAUUUAAAGGCAUUAGUCUGAAGUUUCUAGCUGUGGAGCAGCUUUUGCAGCGGAAUUCUGAUUUACGAGGAAAAGUAGUUCUGGUCCAAAUUGUAAACCCCGCGAGGAGUACAGGAAAAGAUGUCCGAGAAGCAAAGAGAGAAACCUAUUCAACUGCCAAAAGAAUCAAUGACACUUAUGGGUUUCCAGGCUAUGAUCCCGUGGUUCUGAUUGAUCAUGGUGUGCCUCUAUAUGAAAAGAUAGCGUAUUAUGCUGUGUCUGAAUGUUGCAUAGUAAAUGCUGUGAGGGAUGGGAUGAACUUAGUCCCAUACAAAUAUGUUGUGUGUAGACAGGGAACUCCUGAGUUGGAUGAAGCUAUGGGUAUGAAGGAAGGUUCACCUCGUACAAGCAUGCUUGUCGUUUCUGAGUUCAUAGGCUGCUCGCCAUCUCUAAGUGGGGCAAUCAGGGUUAACCCAUGGGACAUUGAUGCUGUUGCUGAUGCUUUGAAUGUGGCAGUUACUAUUCCUGAUGCUGAGAAGCAAAUGCGGCAUGAGAAGCAUUAUAAGUACGUUAGCUCACACGAUGUGGCUUACUGGGCCCGCAGCUUUGUGCAGGACUUGGAGAGAGCUUGCCGAGAUCACUACAGUAAAAGGUGUUGGGGCAUCGGUUUUGGUUUAGGUUUUAAAGUUGUUUCUCUGUCACCAAAUUUUAGGAAGUUAUCCAUCGACUUGGUUUCUUCAGCUUACAAGAGAACUAAUAGAAGGGCAAUAUUUCUGGAUUAUGAUGGUACCAUUGUCCCCCAAGCUUCGAUGAUUAAAUCUCCCAGCCCUGAAGUUAUCUCUGUUCUAAACAACCUUUGCAGUGACCCGAAGAAUACCGUCUUUAUUGUUAGCGGCAGAGAAAAGAGUUCUCUAAGUGAAUGGUUUUCCCCAUGUGAUAUGCUGGGACUAGCAGCUGAGCAUGGAUACUUUAUAAGAUGGAAUAAGAGUUCAGAGUGGGUAUCUAGUACAUUGCUUGCCGACGUUGAUUGGAAAAGGAUGGCAGAGCCUGUGAUGCAAUUGUAUACAGAGAGGACAGAUGGGUCCUUUAUAGAAUCCAAAGAAAGUGCCCUAGUCUGGAACCAUCAAGAUGCAGACCCUGAUUUUGGUACCUGCCAGGCCAAGGAGCUGCUCGAUCAUUUAGAAAAUGUUCUGGCAAAUGAACCAGUAGAAGUCAAGAGGGGUCAGCAUAUUGUUGAAGUUAAACCACAGGGAGUAAGUAAAGGUUUGGUUGUAGAAAAGCUUUUCUCAAGCAUGGUCAGUAAUGGGAAUCCACCAGAUUACAUCAUGUGCAUUGGAGAUGACAGAUCUGAUGAAGAUAUGUUCGAGAGUAUAAUGAGUGCAUCCUGCAGUCCACUUCUACCAGCGGUUCCAGAAAUUUUUGCAUGCACAGUGGGACAAAAGCCAAGCAAGGCUAAAUAUUUUCUGGAUGAUAAUGUCGAUGUUGUGAAAAUGCUUGAUGGACUUGCCACUGCCUCUUCAUGUCAAAGGCCUAGAAAUAAUGGUUCUAAUAUUCAAUUUUCAUUUGAAACUAUUUCCUAAAACCAUGAGGACGUUCCUGUUGUGACGAUGACGAAAUCGGUAACACGAAGUUUGCAGUGAUAGCUAGGAGCAAAAGAUUAGUUAUUUGCUUUUGGGAAUCUCUGCAAGUGUUUAGGAGGAUCAAGAAUUACAGUUCCAAUUUGACGGAGCACCUAAUCUUCUGUUGCAUUUUGAACUUUCCCUGCUGAAGUUGGUGAGAGAUUUUGUUUGUGAUGUCCCUCUACUUGGAUUUUUUUUUAAGUGUUUCAUGGCUUCCCAGGAAAGUUGAAAAGGUGGAAGAUGCAGCAUCGUAGAAGAUGGAUUGGUUUCUGAAUAUAGUGGUGGUAUAGUUAAUACAGAUGGACACUUGAAGUAUAGUUAUUCAGCAGUUGGAGAUGAAUUUGAUCUUGCGCGUGUUCAUGAUGGAUAUAUGGUAAUACUUAAAACUGAUCUCUGUGCACCAUUGAUUUGUAUAGUCGCACUGUUUUUAAUACGCACAAAGAUCGUUUUCAAGACAACUUUCUAAGUCAGAUCGUAGUAUCUUUCCUUUUAUAACUCGGGAACUUUACAACAUACUUAAUCCAACCGUGACAGUUUUCCUUUUACAAUAGCGUACAUCUUACAAGCAAAUUAUCUGUAUCUUGGCAUUUUAUGAACAGUUAGUUGUAUGAAAAAUGUCUCUACUUUUCUGUAUUGUUACGGCAUGAUGCAACAUAUAUUAGUCAAGGUUGAACGAUUCUUUAUCAAUUUUUUGGUUCCUCGUA